UGCAGAGCAGUGUGGGAGUUUCCUCCAAGAAGUGCAAGCAUCGUGCGGACGCAGGUUCAUACUGCUAAUUGGCCGACGUGGACUUGACUUGUGUUCGUGUGCGUCCAUGCUAAAUGACUGUAUGUCAAUGUAGCUGUCUGUCCUCCACCGCCAUGGACGAAAACACUUCAAAACAGCUCGUAAAGCUCACUCAGGAGGGGCAGCUAAGCUCUUUGCAGAAACGCAUCACUUUAGACGACUCGACGGCGGUUCAAACUGUCUGCAGAAAACACUUCGGCCGGUCUGGAGACACUUUGCUGCAUUAUGCUGCCAGACACGGACACUUGGACAUUGUGGAGUAUCUAGUAAAGCAUGUGGGCAUGGACGUGGAGGUGUACAACAACGACUACAAGAGGCCGCUGCAUGAAGCUGCGUCCAUGAGCCACAGGGACUGUGUCAGCUUUCUGCUGAAGGAAGGCGCCAAAGUGGACAGUCUGAAGAAGGCGGACUGGACUCCUCUGAUGAUGGCCUGCACUCGGAGGAAUCUUGACGUGAUCCAGGAGCUGCUGCAGCAUGGUGCUGACCCGUCUCUGAGGAACAAAGAUGGCUGGAACUCCUUCCACAUCGCCUGCAGGGAGGGGGAUCCCUCAAUUGUACAGCACCUGCUUCUGAUUGCACCCGACGUCUGGAGGACAGAGAGCAAGACACGUAGGACGCCGCUGCAUACUGCAGCAAUGCACGGCUGUGAGGAAAUUGUUCAGAUCUUACUUGAGAGAUGCAGUUACACUGCAGACAGCGCAGACAGCUGUGGAGUCACUCCUUUCAUGGAUGCUGUCAGAAAUGGACACGUCUCUGUAGCCAGGCUGCUUUUAGAGAAGCACCAGGCAUCUCCUACUGCAGCUGAUACACUCGGGGCUCAACCGCUUCAUCAGGUGGCUGUCACUGGCCAAGAGGAGGCGCUGCGGUUCCUGGUACGGGACCUUAAUGUAGACGUGAACCAGAGAGCGACUAAAAUCCAGCUCACUGCUCUGCACUACGCUGCAAAGGAAGGCCACACUUCUACCAUCAAGACGCUGCUAGAGUUGGGGGCAAAUCUUCAUAUACGUGACAGUAAGGAAAGAACAGCUCUUCACAUGGCGUCCAUCGGUCAGCAUGCAGACGCGGUCAGGACGCUCCUGCAGCUUGGACUCAGAGACUCAGAGGACUCAUCUGGCACAACGGCACGACAGCUUGCCAGGAAACCAGAUGUAGUGCAAGUGUUUGGAUGUGUUCUACCAGAUGCAUAGUAAAACCUACCAGUCAUGCAGAGCACAGACGAGCAGUUAGUUCCAUGCAAGAAAAAUUAUCUUAAUUUUAUGUGACUGUAGUGAAACAGUUUGGGUUGUGUUGAUUGUAAUAAAUCUCGCCUCAGCUGUU